AUGGCCGGGCUACGCGUCCUGCUGUGCCUUGGGGCGCUUCUGGCCCGCCAGGGCUCCGCAGACCUGGGUGCUGUGGCCAUCGGCGAAGUCCAUGAGAACGUUACUCUUCACUGUGGCAACGUGUCGGGAUCCAGGGGCCUGGUGACCUGGUACCGGAAUGACUCAGAGCCCAUCUUCCUGCUCUCCUCCAAUUCCAGCCUCCCUCCAGCUUCGCCUCGUUUUUCUCUAGAGGAUGCAGGUGCCCUGCAUGUGGAGGCACUGAGUCUGGAGGAUGACGGCAACUACACCUGCCGGGAGGUUCUGAAUGAGACCCAUUGGUUCCAUGUGUGGCUGAAGGUGGCCAGUGGCCCUGAUCAGAUUGCGGUUAACAUCUCAGCCACUGGCGCCCUCUCCAACGGUACCCUGUACACAGCCUGGGGCUCACGGGUGGACUUCAGCUGCCAUAGCUCGUCACAGCCUCCGCCUGAGAUGGAGUGGUGGCUCCAGACCCAUAUCCUGGAGUCCUUAGGAAAGAACCUGACGGCCAACAGCUUCACACUGUUGCAGAUGUCACAGAACCUCCAAGGCAACUACACCUGCUCAGCCACCAACGUGCUCAGCGGGAGACAGCGAAAGGUGACCACCGAGCUCCUGGUCUACUGGUCUCCUCCAUCAGCUCCUCAGUGCUCAGUGGCAGUGUCUUUGGAAUCAGCCACCCUGGAACUCACCUGUAGCUGGGAUGGGGGAUACCCUGACCCAACCUUCCUGUGGACUGAAGAGCCUGGAGGGACUGUCCUGGGGAAUUCAAAGCUGCUAACACUGAGACCGGCUCAGCUGUCGGAGAGCAGGGAGUUCAAAUGCGUUGGGAGCCACAUAGUGGGACCAGAGUCGGGAGCCAGCUGUGUGGUACAGAUCUCGAGCCCCUUACUUGCUUCUCAGCCCAUGAAGACUUGCUUCAUGGGGGGCAACGUGACACUCACCUGCCAAGUGACAGGUGCCAACCCACCUGCCAGGAUCCAGUGGCUGAGGAACCUCACAAAGCCAGAGACGGCCAUCCAGCCCAGCAGCCACUAUCAGAUCACCCAGCACAGCCAGGGCUCUUCCCUCACCAUCUACAGCUGCUCGCAGGACGUGGAUGAGGGCUUCUACUUCUGCCGGGCUGAGAACCUUGUGGGGGUGAGGGCUGUAGACAUCUGGCUGAGUGUGAAAGAACCUGUGAACGUCGGGGGCAUCGUGGGGACAGUGGUGAGCCUCCUCCUGCUGGGACUGGCCAUUGUCGCGGGGCUCAUGCUGUACUAUAGUCCUGUGUUCUGCUGGAAAGCAGGGAGCACUUUGAGGGGACAGGACAUGGGUGAUGUCAUGGUUUUGGUGGAUUCUGAAGAGGAAGACGAGGAGGAGGAAGAGGAGGAAGGCGUUGAAGAGGCAGAGCAGGAGACUUACGAGAGAGAGGGGUUGCCGAAAGAGAUGCGUAAGCACGGACACAUUCACAGAGUGACUGCACUGGUCAACGGAAACCUAGACCGCCUGGGGAAUGGACUCCAGGAGCUGCAUGAUGACAGUGAUGAACGGCAAAGUGACAUUGUUGAAGAGGAAGACAAGCCGGUGUGAUGAAGGUAGUCCACUGUCAACGGGUUUUGCAAGUCCAUUCCGUUUUGACUGCCCUCUCACCGAGGCCCUGCCCUGCCCAGGAACUUGCAUUAGUGACAGCUGGGGUCUCCCAGCACGGGCACUCAUCUCUCCUCCCAUCUUCAUCUGGUGUGAGUUACCUCACGGCGGUGGGGUGGCGUGAAGUGCACUGGGGAGAUGCAGCAGAUGCAGAUACGGGCAAAGCUACAGUGGUGCCUGAGGUGCCACUUUGCUGAGACACCUGGCUCUUCCCAGGUUGAUCUCCUGUG